AUGAUGGGCAAGCUUCAGACUUUUUCUGUGGCGUUUGCGUUGUUUUCAAGUUGGUUAUUAGUGUUCCCAGUGCCUGUGACAGCAAGCAGUACCAACCAGGAUGUUGUUAAAGAUUCCUUCUUGAGGGACGUUACUGCUACUACUGCUAGUAAGGGAAGACGAAGCCUUACACUGGAUUGGUGUGAUACCGGCUGUGAUGGAAAUAAUGAUUGCGAAAACUGGCUGGUGUGUUAUUUCCGAGAAGCAGGAGAUGCCAUCCCCAAGUGCUGCAGCAAUGGAAACUUUGUGCGAUCCACCAGUGACGAAAACUACUGCGUCACGGCGGGUUGUGCGGCAUGGACUCUGGAUCCAACCAAUCCUGAUCCCAUUGCCAACUUGCAAGACGAUGAUUACCUAAAUGAAAAUUGGCCAGAAAUUGAAGAGUGUGAAGGCGACUGUGACUACAAUUAUCAGUGCAAGGGCGACUUGGUCUGCUAUCAGCGAGACAAGGAUGACAAUACACCCAAUUGCUGUUCCGGCCUUUCCAAGAAGGAUAGUACCGAUUAUUGCGUCCCAUCAUCGUGUCUACCUCCCACACCGGCACCUACACCCAUUUCCGACAAUCUCGAAGGUCUUUGCUUUUCGGGAGAUACCCAUGUCACGUACGUCGAACUGGCCGGGGGCACCAUCACCCUGCCGUUUUUGACACAGGCUCAGGUCGUCCAUUGGUGGUUGAGUCCACUCCGAUUGGUCUGUCUGGCUUCUUCCUGGCAAUCAUCAUCGAGUAGUAGUAUGCAAACGGUACUGUGUCAUACUCAUACCCGCAAAGGCAAGUUGUUUUACGUGGAUGUCGGGCUGCGCUUGGCCAAGUUCAUGGAACGUCAACACGUAAUCCUGCAAGUCGUGGUCUUGAUCCCUAUCAUGGCCGUUUUGGCCGUACCCGUGGCCACCGAGUAUCUGUUUGGUGCCGCCCGUGGACUCAUUGUCGGGAUCAUGGUCGGCUUGAUGCUAGGUUGCCUGGCAUUGUUGAGGUACCAAGCACGUAUACAUGGCAAGAAACAUGGUGUUGUCUGA